AUGGGGCUGCCACUAGCCCGCCUGGCGGCUGUGUGCCUGGCCCUGUCUUUGGCAGGGGGCUCGGAGCUCCAGACAGAGGGCAGAACCCGAAACCACGGCCACAACGUCUGCAGCACCUGGGGCGACUUCCACUACAAGACCUUCGACGGGGACGUCUUCCGCUUCCCCGGCCUCUGCGACUACAACUUCGCCUCCGACUGCCGAGGCUCCUACAAGGAAUUUGCUGUGCACCUGAAGCGGGGUCCGGGCCAGGCUGAGGCCCCCGCCGGGGUGGAGUCCAUCCUGCUGACUAUCAAGGAUGACACCAUCUACCUCACCCGCCACCUGGCUGUGCUGAACGGGGCCAUGGUCAGCACCCCGCACUACAGCCCCGGGCUGCUCAUUGAGAAGAGCGAUGCCUACACCAAAGUCUACUCCCGCGCCGGCCUCACCCUCAUGUGGAACCGGGAGGAUGCACUCAUGCUGGAGCUGGACACUAAGUUCCGGAACCACACCUGUGGCCUCUGCGGGGACUACAACGGCCUGCAGAGCUAUUCAGAAUUCCUCUCUGACGGCGUGCUCUUCAGUCCCCUGGAGUUUGGGAACAUGCAGAAGAUCAACCAGCCCGAUGUGGUGUGUGAGGAUCCCGAGGAGGAGGUGGCCCCCGCAUCCUGCUCCGAGCACCGCGCCGAGUGUGAGAGGCUGCUGACCGCCGAGGCCUUCGCAGACUGCCAGGACCUGGUGCCGCUGGAGCCGUAUCUGCGUGCCUGCCAGCAGGACCGCUGCCGGUGCCCGGGCGGUGACACCUGCGUCUGCAGCACCGUGGCCGAGUUCUCCCGCCAGUGCUCCCACGCCGGCGGCCGGCCCGGGAACUGGAGGACCGCCACGCUCUGCCCCAAGACCUGCCCCAGGAACCUGGUGUACCUGGAGAGCGGCUCGCCCUGCAUGGACACCUGCUCACACCUGGAGGUGAGCAGCCUGUGCGAGGAGCACCGCAUGGACGGCUGUUUCUGCCCAGAAGGCACCGUAUAUGACGACAUCGGGGACAGUGGCUGCGUUCCUGUGAGCCAGUGCCACUGCAGGCUGCACGGACACCUAUACACACCGGGCCAGGAGAUCACCAAUGACUGCGAGCAGUGUGUCUGUAACGCUGGCCGCUGGGUGUGCAAAGACCUGCCCUGCCCUGGCACCUGUGCCCUGGAAGGCGGCUCCCACAUCACCACCUUCGAUGGGAAGACGUACACCUUCCACGGGGACUGCUACUAUGUCCUGGCCAAGGGUGACCACAACGAUUCUUACGCUCUCCUGGGCGAGCUGGCCCCCUGCGGCUCCACAGACAAGCAGACCUGCCUGAAGACGGUGGUGCUGCUGACUGACAAGAAGAAGAAUGUGGUGGUCUUCAAGUCCGAUGGCAGUGUGCUGCUCAACGAGCUGCAGGUGAACCUGCCCCACGUGACCGCGAGCUUCUCUGUCUUCCGCCCGUCUUCCUACCACAUCAUGGUGAGCAUGGCCAUUGGCGUCCGGCUGCAGGUGCAGCUGGCCCCAGUCAUGCAACUCUUUGUGACACUGGACCAGGCCUCCCAGGGGCAGGUGCAGGGCCUCUGCGGGAACUUCAACGGCCUGGAAGGUGACGACUUCAAGACGGCCAGUGGGCUGGUGGAGGCCACAGGGGCCGGCUUUGCCAACACCUGGAAGGCACAGUCAAGCUGCCAUGACAAGCUGGACUGGUUGGACGAUCCCUGCUCCCUGAACAUCGAGAGCGCCAACUAUGCCGAGCACUGGUGCUCCCUCCUGAAGAAGACAGAGACCCCCUUUGGCAGGUGCCACUCGACCGUGGACCCUGCUGAGUAUUACAAGAGGUGCAAAUAUGACACGUGUAACUGUCAGAACAAUGAGGACUGCCUGUGCGCCGCCCUGUCCUCCUACGCGCGCGCCUGCACCGCCAAGGGCGUCAUGCUGUGGGGCUGGCGGGAGCAUGUCUGCAACAAGGAUGUGGGCUCCUGCCCCAACUCGCAGGUCUUCCUGUACAACCUGACCACCUGCCAGCAGACGUGCCGCUCCCUCUCCGAGGCCGACAGCCACUGUCUCGAGGGCUUUGCGCCUGUGGACGGCUGCGGCUGCCCUGACCACACCUUCCUGGACGAGAAGGGCCGCUGCGUGCCCCUGGCCAAGUGCUCCUGCUACCACCGCGGUCUCUACCUGGAGGCGGGGGACGUGGUCGUCAGGCAGGAAGAACGAUGUGUGUGCCGGGAUGGGCGGCUGCACUGUAGGCAGAUCCGGCUGAUCGGCCAGAGCUGCACGGCCCCAAAGAUCCACAUGGACUGCAGCAACCUGACCGCACUGGCCACCUCGAAGCCCCGAGCCCUCAGCUGCCAGACGCUGGCCGCCGGCUAUUACCACACAGAGUGUGUCAGUGGCUGUGUGUGCCCCGACGGGCUGAUGGAUGACGGCCGGGGCGGCUGCGUGGUGGAGAAGGAAUGUCCUUGCGUCCAUAACAACGACCUGUAUUCUUCCGGGGCCAAGAUCAAGGUGGACUGCAAUACCUGCACCUGCAAGAGAGGACGCUGGGUGUGCACCCAGGCUGUGUGCCAUGGCACCUGCUCCAUUUACGGGAGUGGCCACUACAUCACCUUUGACGGGAAGUACUACGACUUUGACGGACACUGCUCCUACGUGGCUGUUCAGGACUACUGCGGCCAGAACUCCUCACUGGGCUCAUUCAGCAUCAUCACCGAGAACGUCCCCUGUGGCACCACGGGCGUCACCUGCUCCAAGGCCAUCAAGAUCUUCAUGGGGAGGACGGAGCUGAAGUUGGAAGACAAGCACCGUGCAGUGAUCCAGCGUGAUGAGGGCCACCACGUGGCCUACACCACGCGGGAGGUGGGCCAGUACCUGGUGGUGGAGUCCAGCACGGGCAUCAUCGUCAUCUGGGACAAGAGAACCACGGUGUUCAUCAAGCUGGCUCCCUCCUACAAGGGCACCGUGUGUGGCCUGUGUGGGAACUUUGACCACCGCUCCAACAACGACUUCACCACGCGGGACCACAUGGUGAUGAGCAGCGAGCUGGACUUCGGGAACAGCUGGAAGGAGGCCCCCACCUGCCCAGAUGUGAGCACCAACCCCGAACCCUGCAGCCUGAACCCGCACCGCCGCUCCUGGGCCGAGAAGCAGUGCAGCAUCCUCAAAAGCAGCGUGUUCAGCAUCUGCCACAGCAAGGUGGACCCCAAGCCCUUCUACGAGGCCUGUGUGCAUGACUCGUGCUCCUGUGACACGGGUGGGGACUGUGAGUGCUUCUGCUCUGCCGUGGCCUCCUACGCCCAGGAGUGUACCAAAGAGGGGGCCUGCGUGUUCUGGAGGACGCCGGACCUGUGCCCCAUAUUCUGCGACUACUACAACCCUCCGCAUGAGUGUGAGUGGCACUAUGAGCCGUGUGGGAACCGGAGCUUCGAGACCUGCAGGACCAUCAACGGCAUCCACUCCAACAUCUCCGUGUCCUACCUGGAGGGCUGCUACCCCCGGUGCCCCAAGGACAGGCCCAUCUAUGAGGAGGAUCUGAAGAAGUGUGUCACUGCAGACAAGUGUGGCUGCUACGUCGAGGACACCCACUACCCACCUGGAGCGUCGGUUCCCACCGAGGAGAUCUGCAAGUCUUGCGUGUGCACCAACUCCUCCCAAGUCGUCUGCAGGCCGGAGGAAGGAAAGAUUCUUAACCAGACCCAGGAUGGCGCCUUCUGCUACUGGGAGAUCUGUGGCCCCAACGGGACGGUGGAGAAGCACUUCAACAUCUGUUCCAUUACGACACCCCCAUCCACCCUGACCACCUUCACCACCAUCACCCUCCCCACCACCCCCACCACCUUCACCACUACCACCACCACCACCACCCCGACCUCCAGCACAGUUUUAUCAACAACUCCGAAGCUGUGCUGCCUCUGGUCUGACUGGAUCAAUGAGGACCACCCCAGCAGGGGCAGCGACGGCGGCGACCGAGAAACAUUUGAUGGGGUCUGCGGGGCCCCUGAGGACAUCGAGUGCAGGUCGGUCAAGGAUCCCCACCUCAGCUUGGAGCAGCUAGGCCAGAAGGUGCAGUGCGAUGUCUCUGUUGGGUUCAUUUGCAAGAAUGAAGACCAGUUUGGAAAUGGACCAUUUGGACUGUGUUACGACUACAAGAUACGUGUCAAUUGUUGCUGGCCCAUGGAUAAGUGUAUCACCACUCCCAGCCCUCCAACUACCACUCCCAGCCCUCCACCAACCAGCACGACCACCCUUCCACCAACCACCACCCCCAGCCCUCCAACCACCACCACAACCACCCCUCCACCAACCACCACCCCCAGCCCUCCAAUAACCACCACGACCACCCCUCCACCAACCACCACUCCCAGCCCUCCAAUAACCACCACGACCACCCCUCCACCAACCACCACUCCCAGCCCUCCAACUACCACUCCCAGCCCUCCAACCACCACUCCCAGCCCUCCAACAACCACUCCCAGCCCUCCAACCACCACUCCCAGCCCUCCAACCACCACUCCCAGCCCUCCAACAACCACUCCCAGCCCUCCAACUACCACUCCCAGUCCUCCAACCACCACUCCCAGCCCUCCAACUACCACUCCCAGCCCUCCAACAACCACCACAACCACCCCUCCACCAACCACCACUCCCAGUCCUCCAACGACUACGCCCAUCACUCCACCAACCAGCACUACUAUCCUUCCACCAACCACCACUCCCAGCCCUCCAACAAUCACCACAACCACCCCUCCACCAACCACCACUCCCAGCCCUCCACCAACCACCACAACCACCCCUCCACCAACCACCACUCCCAGCCCUCCAACAACGACCAGAACCACCCCUCCACCAACCACCACUCCCAGCCCUCCAACAACUACACCCAUCACUCCACCAACCAGCACUACAACCCUUCCACCAACCGCCACUCCCAGCCCUCUAACAACCACCACAACCACCCCUCCACCAACCACCACUCCCAGCCCUCCACCAACCACCACAACCACCCCUCCACCAACCACCACUCCCAGCCCUCCAACAACCACCGCUCCAAGCCCUCCAACAACCACCACAACCACCCCUCCACCAACCACCACUCCCAGCCCUCCAACAACCACCACUCCCAGGCCUCCAAUAACCACCACAACCACCCCUCCACCAACCACCACUCCCAGCCCUCCAACAACCACCACGACCACCCCUUCACCAACCACCACCCCCAGCUCUCCAAUAACCACCACAACCACCCCUUCCUCAACUACCACUCCCAGCCCUCCACCAACCACCACGACCACCCCUUCACCAACCACCACUUCCAGCCCUCUAACAACUACUCCUCUACCUCCAUCAAUAACUCCUGCUACAUUUUCACCAUUCUCAACGACAACCCCUACUAUCCCAUGCGUGCCUGUCUGCAAUUGGACUGGCUGGCUGGAUUCUGGAAAACCCAACUUUCACAAACCAGGUGGAGAUAUGGAAUUGAUUGGAGACGUCUGUGGACCAGGCUGGGCAGCUAACAUCUCUUGCAGAGCCACCAUGUAUCCUGAUGUUCCCAUUGGACAGCUUGGACAAACGGUGGUGUGUGAUGUCUCUGUGGGGCUGGUAUGCAAAAAUGAAGACCAAAAGCCAGGUGGGGUCAUCCCUAUGGCCUUCUGCCUCAACUACGAGAUCAACGUUCAGUGCUGUGAGUGUGUCACCCAACCCACCACCAUGACAACCACCACCACAGAGACCCUAACCCCAAACGCCAUCACCACCACCAUUACGAUGACCCCAACCCCAACACCCACUGGCACACAGACCCCAACCCCGACACCCAUCACCACCACCACUACGGUGACCCCAACCCCAACACCCACUGGCACACAGAGUACAACCCCGACAGCCAUCACCACCACCACUAUGGUGACCCCAACCCCAACACCCACCGGCACACAGACCCCAACCCCGACAGCCAUCACCACCACGACUACGGGGACCCCAACCCCAACACCCACCGGCACACAGAGUACAACGCCGACACCCAUCACCACCACCACUACGGUGACCCCAACCCCAACACCCACCGGCACACAGACCCCAACCCCGACAGCCAUCACCACCACCACUACGGGGACCCCAACCCCAACACCCACCGGCACACAGAGUACAACGCCGACACCCAUCACCACCACCACUACGGUGACCCCAACCCCAACACCCACCGGCACACAGACCCCAACCCCGACAGCCAUCACCACCACGACUACGGGGACCCCAACCCCAACACCCACCGGCACACAGAGUACAACGCCGACACCCAUCACCACCACCACUACGGUGACCCCAACCCCAACACCCACCGGCACACAGAGUACAACCCCGACAGCCUUCACAACCACCACUAUGGUGACCCCAACCCCAACACCCACUGGCACGCAGACCCCAACCCCGACAGCCAUCAACACCACGACUACGGUGACCCCAACCCCAACACCCACCGGCACACAGAGUACAACCCCGACACCCAUCACCACCACCACUACGGUGACCCCAACCCCAACACCCACCGGCACACAGAGUACAACCCCGACACCCAUCACCACCACGACUACGGUGACCCCAACCCCAACACCCACUGGCACACAGAGUACAACCCCGACACCCAUCACCACCACCACUACGGUGACCCCAACCCCAACACCCACUGGCUCACAGACCCCAACCACGACACCCAUCACCACCACUACGGUGACACCAACUCCGACACCCACCGGCACACAGACCCCAACCACGACACCCAUCACCACCACUACGGUGACCCCAACCCCAACACCCACCGGCACACAGACCCCAACCCCAAUCACCAUCACCACCACCACUACGGUGACCCCAACCCCAACACCCACCGGCACACAGAGUACAACCCCGACACUGAUCACCACCACCACUACGGUGACCCCAACCCCAACACCCACCGGCACACAGACCCCAACCACGACACCCAUCACCACCACUACGGUGACACCAACUCCAACACCCACCGGCACACAGACCCCAACCACGACACCCAUCACCACCACUACGGUGACCCCAACCCCAACAACCACUGGCACACAGACCCUAACCCCAACCACCAUCACCACCACCACUACGGUGACCCCAACCCCAACACCCACCGGCACACAGAGUACAACCGCGACACCCAUCACCACCACCACUACGGUGACCCCAACCCCAACACCCACCGGCACACAGAGUACAACCCCGACACCCAUCACCACCACCACUACGGUGACCCCAACCCCCACGGGCACACAGACCCCAACAUCGACACCCAUCAGCACCACCACUACGGUGACCCCAACCCCAACACCCACCGGCACACAGACGCCAACCCCGACACCCAUCAGCACCACCAUUACGGUGACCCCAACCCCAACACCCACCGGCACACAGACCCCAACCACGACACCCAUCACCACCACCACUACGGUGACCCCAACCCCAACACCCACCGGCACACAGACCCCAACAUCGACACCCAUCACCACCACCACUACGGUGACCCCAACCCCAACACCCACCGGCACAGAGACCGCAACAUCGACACCCAUCACCACCACCACUACGGUGACCCCAACCCCAACACCCACCGGCACACAGACCCCAACAUCAACACCCAUCACCACCACCACUACGGUGACCCCAACGCCAACACCCACCGGCACACAGACCCCAACAUCGACACCCAUCACCACCACCACUACGGUGACCCCAACCCCAACACCCACCGGCACACAGACCCCAACAUCGACACCCAUCACCACCACCACUACGGUGACCCCAACCCCAACACCCACCGGCACACAGAGUACAACCCCGACACUCAUCACCACCACCAGUACGGUGACCCCAACCCCAACACCCACGGGCACACAGACCCCAACAUCGACACCCAUCACCACCACCACUACGGUGACCCCAACCCCAACACCCACCGGCACACAGACCCCAACCCCGACACCCAUCAGCACCACCAUUACGGUGACCCCAACCCCAACACCCACCGGCACACAGACCCCAACAUCGACACCCAUCACCACCACUACGGUGACCCCAACCCCAACACCCACCGGUACACAGACCCCAACAUCGACACCCAUCACCACCACCACUACGGUGACCCCAACCCCAACACCGACCGGCACACAGACCCCAACAUCGACACCCAUCGCCACCACCACUACGGUGACCCCAACGCCAACACCCACCGGCACACAGACCCCAACAUCGACACCCAUCACCACCACCACUACGGUGACCCCAACCCCAACACCCACCGGCACACAGACCCCAACCCCGACAGCCAUCACCACCACCACUACGGUGACCCCAACCCCAACACCCACGGGCACACAGACCCCAACAUCGACACCCAUCAGCACCAUCACUACGGUGACCCCAACCCCAACACCCACCGGCACACAGAGUACAACCCCGACACCCAUCACCACCACCACUACGGUGACCCCAACCCCAACACCCACCGGCACACAGACCCCAACCACGACACCCAUCACCACCACUACGGUGACACCAACUCCAACACCCACCGGCACACAGACCCCAACCACGACACCCAUCACCACCACUACGGUGAUCCCAACCCCAACACCCACCGGCACACAGACCCUAACCCCAACCACCAUCACCACCACCACUACGGUGACCCCAACCCCAACACCCACCGGCACACAGAGUACAACCCCGACACCCAUCACCACCACCACUACGGUGACCCCAACCCCAACACCCACCGGCACACAGAGUACAACCCCCACACCCAUCACCACCACCACUACGGUGACCCCAACCCCAACACCCACCGGCACACAGACCCCAACCACGACACCCAUCACCACCACUACGGUGACACCAACUCCAACACCCACCGGCACACAGACCCCAACUACGACACCCAUCACCACAACUACGACCCUAACCCCAACCACCAUCACCACCACCACUAUGGUGACCCCAACCCCAACACCCACCGGCACACAGAGUACAACCCUGACACCCAUCACCACCACCACUACGGUGACCCCAACCCCAACACCCACCGGCACACAUACCCCAACAUCGACACCCAUCACCACCACCACUACGGUGACCCAAACCCCAACACCCACAGGCACACAGACCGCAACAUCGACACCCAUCACCACUACCACUAUGGUGACCCCAACCCCAACACCCACCGGCACACAGAGUACAACCCCGACACCCAUCACCACCACCAGUACGGUGACCCCAACCCCAACACCCACGGGCACACAGACCCCAACAUCCACACCCAUCACCACCACCACUACGGUGACCCCAACCCCAACACCCACCGGCACACAGACCCCAACAUCGACACCCAUCACCACCACCACUACGGUGACCCCAACCCCAACACCCACCGGCACACAGAGUACAACCCCGACACUCAUCACCACCACCAGUACGGUGACCCCAACCCCAACACCCACCGGCACACAGAGUACAACCCCCACACCCAUCACCACCACCACUACGGUGACCCCAACCCCAACACCCACCGGCACACAGACCCCAACCACGACACCCAUCACCACCACUACGGUGACACCAACUCCAACACCCACCGGCACACAGACCCCAACCACGACACCCAUCACCACCACUACGGUGACCCCAACCCCAACAACCACUGGCACACAGACCCUAACCCCAACCACCAUCACCACCACCACUACGGUGACCCCAACCCCAACACCCACCGGCACACAGACGCCAACCCCGACACCCAUCAGCACCACCAUUACGGUGACCCCAACCCCAACACCCACUGGCACACAGAGUACAACCCCGACACCCAUCACCACCACCACUACGGUGACCCCAACCCCAACACCCACGGGCACACAGACCCCAACAUCGACACCCAUCAGCACCACCACUACGGUGACCCCAACCCCAACACCCACCGGCACACAGACGCCAACCCCGACACCCAUCAGCACCACCAUUACGGUGACCCCAACCCCAACACCCACCGGCACACAGACCCCAACCACGACACCCAUCACCACCACCACUACGGUGACCCCAACCCCAACACCCACCGGCACACAGACCCCAACAUCGACACCCAUCACCACCACCACUACGGUGACCCCAACCCCAACACCCACCGGCACACAGACCGCAACAUCGACACCCAUCACCACCACCACUACGGUGACCCCAACCCCAACACCCACCGGCACACAGACCCCAACAUCAACACCCAUCACCACCACCACUACGGUGACCCCAACGCCAACACCCACCGGCACACAGACCCCAACAUCGACACCCAUCACCACCACCACUACGGUGACCCCAACCCCAACACCCACCGGCACACAGACCCCAACAUCGACACCCAUCACCACCACCACUACGGUGACCCCAACCCCAACACCCACCGGCACACAGAGUACAACCCCGACAUUCAUCACCACCACCAGUACGGUGACCCGAACCCCAACACCCACGGGCACACAGACCCCAACAUCGACACCCAUCACCACCACCACUACGGUGACCCCAACCCCAACACCCACCGGCACACAGACCCCAACCCCGACACCCAUCAGCACCACCAUUACGGUGACCCCAACCCCAACACCCACCGGCACACAGACCCCAACAUCGACACCCAUCACCACCACUACGGUGACCCCAACCCCAACACCCAUCGGCACACAGACCCCAACAUCGACACCCAUCACCACCACCACUACGGUGACCCCAACCCCAACACCGACCGGCACACAGACCCCAACAUCGACACCCAUUGCCACCACCACUACGGUGACCCCAACGCCAACACCCACCAGCACACAGACCCCAACAUCGACACCCAUCACCACCACCACUACGGUGACCCCAACCCCAACACCCACCGGCACACAGACCCCAACCCCGACAGCCAUCACCACCACCACUACGGUGACCCCAACCCCAACACCCACGGGCACACAGACCCCAACAUCGACACCCAUCAGCACCAUCACUACGGUGACCCCAACCCCAACACCCACCGGCACACAGACCCCAACCCUGACACCCAUCAGCACCACCAUUACGGUGACCCCAACCCCAACACCCACCAGCACACAGACCCCAACAUCGACACCCAUCACCACCACCAGUACGGUGACCCCAACGCCAACACCCACCGGCACACAGACCCCAACAUCGACACCCAUCACCACCACCACUACGGUGACCCCAACCCCAACACCCACCGGCACACAGACCCCAACCCCGAAAGCCAUCACCACCACGACUAUGGUGACCCCAACCCCAACACCCACCGGCACACAGACCCCAACAUCGACACCCAUCACCACCACCACUACGGUGACCCCAACCCCAACACCCACCGGCACACAGAGUACAACCCCGACACCCAUCACCACCACCACUACGGUGACCCCAACCCCAACACCCACCAGCACACAGACCCCAACCACGACACCCAUCACCACCACUACGGUGACACCAACUCCGACACCCACCGGCACACAGACCCCAACCACGACACCCAUCACCACCACUACGGUGAUCCCAACCCCAACACCCACCGGCACACAGACCCUAACCCCAACCACCAUCACCACCACCACUACGGUGACCCCAACCCCAACACCCACCGGCACACAGAGUACAACCCCGACACCCAUCACCACCACCACUACGGUGACCCCAACCCCAACACCCACCGGCACACAGAGUACAACCCCCACACCCAUCACCACCACCACUACGGUGACCCCAACCCCAACACCCACCGGCACACAGACCCCAACCACGACACCCAUCACCACCACUACGGUGACACCAACUCCAACACCCACCGGCACACAGACCCCAACUACGACACCCAUCACCACAACUACGGUGACUCCAACCCCAACAACCACUGGCACACAGACCCUAACCCCAACCACCAUCACCACCACCACUAUGGUGACCCCAACCCCAACACCCACCGGCACACAGAGUACAACCCUGACACCCAUCACCACCACCACUACGGUGACCCCAACCCCAACACCCACCGGCACACAUACCCCAACGUCGACACCCAUCACCACCACCACUACGGUGACCCAAACCCCAACACCCACAGGCACACAGACCGCAACAUCGACACCCAUCACCACUACCACUAUGGUGACCCCAACCCCAACACCCACCGGCACACAGAGUACAACCCCGACACCCAUCACCACCACCAGUACGGUGACCCCAACCCCAACACCCACGGGCACACAGACCCCAACAUCGACACCCAUCAGCACCACCACUACGGUGACCCCAACCCCAACACCCACCGGCACACAGACCCCAAUCCUGACACCCAUCAGCACCACCACUACGGUGACCCCAACCCCAACACCCACCGGCACACAGACCCCAACCACGACACCCAUCACCACCACCACUACGGUGACCCCAACCCCAACACCCACCGGCACACAGACCCCAACAUCGACACCCAUCACCACCACCACUAAGGUGACCCCAACCCCAACACCCACCGGCACACAGAGUACAACCCCGACACCCAUCACCACCACCACUACGGUGACACCAACUCCAACACCCACCGGCACACAGACCCCAACAUCGACACCCAUCACCACCACGACUACGGUGACCCCAACCCCAACACCCACCACUGGAAGCACGGGGCCCCCCACCCGCACAAGCACAGCACCCACUGCUGAGUUGACCACAUCCAAACCUCCGCCUGAGUCCUCAACCCCUCAGACCUCUCGGUCCACCUCUUCCCCUCUCAUGGAGUCAACCACCCUUCUGAGUACCCUAUCACCUGCCAUUGAGACGACCAGCACGGCCCCACCCUCCACACCCACGGCACCCACGACCACGAGAGGAGGCCACACACUUUCUCCACCGCCCAGCACCACCACGUCCCCUCCAGGCACCCCCACUCGCGGUACCACGACUGGGUCAUCUUCGGCCCCCACCCCCAGCACUGUGCAGACGACCACCACCAGCGCCUGGACCCCCACGCCGACCCCACUCUCCACACCCAGCAUCAUCACGACCACAGGCCUGAGGCCCUACCCUUCCUCUGUGCUUAUCUGCUGUGUCCUGAACGACACCUACUACGCACCAGGUGAGGAGGUGUACAACGGCACAUACGGAGACACCUGUUAUUUCGUCAACUGCUCACUGAGCUGUACGUUGGAGUUCUAUAACUGGUCCUGCCCAUCCACGCCCUCCCCAACGCCCACGCCCUCCAAGUCGACGCCCACGCCCUCCAAGUCGACGCCCACGCCUUCCAAGCCAUCGCCCACGCCCUCCAAGCCGACGCCCAGCACCAAGCCCCCCGAGUGCCCAGACUUUGAUCCUCCCAGACAGGAGAACGAGACUUGGUGGCUGUGCGACUGCUUCAUGGCCACGUGCAAGUACAACAACACGGUGGAGAUCGUGAAGGUGGAGUGUGAGCCGCCGCCCAUGCCCACCUGCUCUAACGGCCUCCAACCCGUGCGCGUUGAGGACCCUGACGGCUGCUGCUGGCACUGGGAGUGUGACUGCUACUGCACGGGCUGGGGCGACCCGCACUAUGUCACCUUCGAUGGACUCUACUACAGCUACCAGGGCAACUGCACCUACGUGCUGGUGGAGGAGAUCAGCCCCUCCGUGGACAACUUCGGAGUUUACAUCGACAACUACCACUGCGAUCCCAACGACAAGGUGUCCUGCCCCCGCACCCUCAUCGUGCGCCACGAGACCCAGGAGGUGCUGAUCAAGACUGUGCAUAUGAUGCCCAUGCAGGUGCAGGUGCAGGUGAACAGGCAGGCGGUGGCGCUGCCCUACAAGAAGUACGGGCUGGAGGUGUACCAGUCUGGCAUCAACUACGUGGUGGACAUCCCCGAGCUGGGUGUCCUCGUCUCCUACAAUGGCCUGUCCUUCUCCGUCAGGCUGCCCUACCACCGGUUUGGCAACAACACCAAGGGCCAGUGUGGCACCUGCACCAACACCACCUCCGACGACUGCAUUCUGCCCAGCGGGGAGAUCAUCUCCAACUGUGAGGCUGCGGCCGACCAGUGGCUGGUGAACGACCCCUCCAAGCCACACUGCCCCCACAGCAGCUCCACGACCAAGCGCCCGGCCGUCACUGUGCCCGGGGGCGGCAAAACAACCCCACACAAGGACUGCACCCCAUCUCCCCUCUGCCAGCUCAUCAAGGACAGCCUGUUUGCCCAGUGCCACGCACUGGUGCCCCCGCAGCACUACUACGAUGCCUGCGUGUUCGACAGCUGCUUCAUGCCAGGCUCGAGCCUGGAGUGCGCCAGUCUGCAGGCCUACGCAGCCCUCUGCGCCCAGCAGAACGUCUGCCUCGACUGGCGGAACCACACGCAUGGGGCCUGCUUGGUGGAGUGCCCAUCUCACAGGGAGUAUCAGGCCUGUGGCCCUGCAGAAGAGCCCACGUGCAAAUCCAGCUCCUCCCAGCAGAACAACGCAGUCCUGGUGGAAGGCUGCUUCUGUCCUGAGGGCACCAUGAACUACGCUCCUGGCUAUGAUGUCUGCGUGAAGACCUGCGGCUGUGUGGGACCUGACAAUGUGCCCAGAGAGUUUGGGGAGCACUUUGAGUUCGACUGCAAGAACUGUGUCUGCCUGGAGGGUGGAAGUGGCAUCAUCUGUCAGCCCAAGAGGUGCAGCCAGAAGCCCGUUACCCACUGCGUGGAAGACGGCACCUACCUCGCCACGGAGGUCAACCCCGCCGACACCUGCUGCAACAUUACCGUCUGCAAGUGCAACACCAGCCUGUGCAAAGAGAAGCCCCCCGUAUGCCCGCUGGGAUUCGAAGUGAAGAGCAAGAUGGUGCCUGGAAGGUGCUGUCCCUUUUACUGGUGUGAGUCCAAGGGGGUGUGCGUUCACGGGAAUGCUGAGUACCAGCCCGGUUCUCCAGUUUAUUCCUCCAAGUGCCAGGACUGCGUGUGCACGGACAAGGUGGACAACAACACCCUGCUCAACGUCAUCGCCUGCAGCCACGUGCCCUGCAACACCUCCUGCAGCCCUGGCUUCGAACUCAUGGAGGCCCCCGGGGAGUGCUGUAAGAAGUGUGAACAGACGCACUGUAUUAUCAAACGGCCCGACAACCAGCACGUCAUCCUGAAGCCCGGGGACUUCAAGAGCGACCCGAAGAACAACUGCACAUUCUUCAGCUGCGUGAAGAUCCACAACCAGCUCAUCUCGUCCGUCUCCAACAUCACCUGCCCCAACUUCGAUGCCAGCAUUUGCAUCCCGGGCUCCAUCACACUCAUGCCCAAUGGAUGCUGCAAGACCUGCACCCCUCGCAAUGAGACCAGGGUGCCCUGCUCCACCGUCCCCGUCACCACGGAGGUUUCGUAUGCUGGCUGCACCAAGACCGUCCUCAUGAAUCAUUGCUCCGGGUCCUGCGGGACAUUUGUCAUGUACUCGGCCAAGGCCCAGGCCCUGGACCACAGCUGCUCCUGCUGCAAAGAGGAGAAAACCAGCCAGCGUGAGGUGGUCCUGAGCUGCCCCAAUGGCGGCUCGCUGACACACACCUACACCCACAUCGAGAGCUGCCAGUGCCAGGACACUGUCUGCGGGCUCCCCACCGGCACCUCCCACCGGUCCAGGCGCUCCCCUAGGCAUCUGGGGAGCGGGUGAGCGGGGUGGGCACAGCCCCCUUCACUGCCCUCCACAGCUUUACCGCCCCCGGACCCUCUGAGCCUCCUAAGCUCGGCUUCCUCUCUUCAGAUAUUUAUUGUCUGAGUCUUUGUUCAGUCCUUGCUUUCCAAUAAUAAACUCAGGGAGACAUGC